AUGGUGCUACACUUGUAUUUCGAUCCAAAAGAAGGCUGUCUCAAGCAACAAAUGAAAACGCUGCUGCCAAUUCGCGGCAACUUCAACGAACUGCAACGCGGUAUGGAGCUGAGCGACGUGGUCGCUUGGAAUAACAGGUACUACACGUUCGACGACCGAACCGGAAUCGUUUUCGAGCUCUUGCCGUUCGUCAACAAGCCCUCGGUGCUCCAGUCGGAAACCAACUCGAAGGGCUUUAAGAUUGAGUGGGCCUCGGUGAAAGACAACAUGUUGUACAUCGGGUCGAUCGGCAAAGAGUAUGUGUCCCCCGAUGGAGUCACCGUUCUGCACGAAGAUCUGUUUGGCGUGAUCCGACUCAACGACAACAAGCUAGAACCGGUCCGCGAAGACUGGAAACGACGGUAUCAGGCGCUACGCGCCAUCAGUGGAUGCCCGUACCCGGGCUACCUGAUCCACGAAGCGGCACGUUUCAGCAAUGUGCGUCGCGAGUGGGUAUUCCUCCCACGCCGCUGCUCGACCAAGCCGUACGACGAGGUCAGCGACGAAAUACGGGGGUGUAACCUCAUUCUCGGCAUUAGCGAAGCGAACACGAUUUGGAAGCGCAAAAUCCGCAAGCGUUCACGAAACCAGCGGAAAGGCUAUAGCGCGUUUGCGUUCAUGCCGGGGACCAAUGACGAAGUGUUGGUCGCAUUGAGCACUGAAGAAAAUUCAAGCACAGCGAA